AUGCCAGCUAAAAAGGCGAUUCGUGAAAUGAAGGCUAGGAAUCCCGUUGACGCGGGCAUUUCUGCGCUCACUUUGGAAGCGCCUGUACCACAGUAUGCGCUACCGCACCCCUACGCACCCAACCCACACGCCACCGAUGUCCCCCCUUCUCUGGACACACUCAGCCCGCAAAUACAGCAGAGCCUAUUAGCACGGGAUAACGCGUUAAGUGAUAGUAUUGGACAGAAGGGUAAGCGUAAGUUAAGUGUUUCUGAUAAUAGCGGAGAUGACGAAGCCGAGGACAGCGGCGACGACGAUACAAUUCAACAAGACCAGGCGGACGCAAAUAGCGAUAGUUCGAGUGAAAGCGACUCUGAAGACGAUCUCUUGGCGAGGGACGUGUUCGGCGACCUUUCAGACGAAGAUGACGACGAAGAAGAUGCAUAAUGAAAGCUUACAUCAACCGUAUGUAGUUGCUGUUGAUAACUGUGGCUAGAAGUUAAGGGACCAUACUAGAACGCUUUAUACAGUUCUUGUCAUAUCCACGCCCGCUUGGAAACUCACGUUAGCCUACGAAAUAUAACGAAGCAGCUACCGCAGCUUCAGAAAAUGAGAAAAUGUAUAAACGGUCAUCAACAAGGACCACUACAAAACAGCAAUUUCUCAGCAAGUCGUACUUGACUUGUAGAAGCCCAUUAAACUCGCUGAAUAAUGAUAUUAUCUGCACACGGACAGGGCGAAGGAAAAAGCAAACUAAGAAUCUGCAGUAUAGACAUAUGA